AAAUUUCAAAACCAGCACAAAGCGCAAGUUAGCACCCCCACCCCCUUUUUUCUUCCGGUCAGACCUUUCCAAUUUCCCAAUUUCUUCGCGACAGCUUCUUCAACCUUUCUCUCUUUCUACUUUCUCUCUCUAGGGUUUCAUCUACACAAUCAAUUUUCAAUCCUUCUUCCGAUCGCAUCUUCUAGGGUUUCUGACUCUGUUCCUUCGGUUCUGAAACAACACGCGUUUAUCAUCAUCAGUUAUGGCGACUAUGGAGAGCUUGAUCGGUCUGAUAAAUCGUAUACAACGAGCUUGUACUGCUCUCGGUGAUUACGGUGGCGGAGACUCCACUUUUUCUUCUCUUUGGGAUGCUCUUCCUUCUGUUGCAGUUGUUGGCGGUCAGAGUUCCGGAAAGUCUUCGGUGUUGGAGAGUAUUGUAGGGAGAGACUUUCUUCCUAGAGGAUCUGGGAUUGUCACGAGGCGUCCUCUGGUGUUGCAAUUGCACCAGACAGAUGGCAGGCAAGAAGAGUAUGCUGAGUUUGGUCAUUUGCCCCGUAGGCGAUUCACUGAUUUUUCUUUGGUUCGUAAAGAAAUUCAAGAUGAAACAGACAGAAUCACAGGGAAGACUAAACAAAUAUCUCCGAUCCCAAUUCAUCUCAGUAUAUACUCGCCAAAAGUUGUGAACUUAACCUUAAUUGAUUUACCGGGGCUGACGAAAGUUGCUGUUGAGGGACAGUCUGAAACUAUAGUCGAAGAUAUUGAAAAUAUGGUUCGACUUUAUGUUGAGAAGCCUAACUCCAUCAUACUGGCAAUAUCUCCUGCUAAUCAGGAUAUUGCCACAUCGGAUGCAAUUAAACUUGCCAAAGAAGUGGACCCCACAGGCGAACGGACAUUUGGUGUGCUGACAAAGCUUGAUCUGAUGGACAAAGGAACUAACGCUUUGGAUGUCCUUGAAGGCAGAGCUUAUCGUCUACAGCAUCCUUGGGUUGGAAUCGUGAACAGAUCUCAAGCUGAUAUUAACAAAAAUACAGAUAUGUUGUAUGCAAGGCGAAGGGAGCGUGAGUAUUUUGCUACAAGUCCUGACUACGGUCAUCUGGCCAAUAAAAUGGGUUCCGAGUAUUUGGCAAAACUUUUAUCUGAGCAUUUGGAAAGGGUAAUCAAAUCAAAAUUACCAGGCAUUGUUUCCAUGAUCAACAAAGGUAUCGAGGAGAUGGAAGCAGAGUUGGACCGUCUUGGGAGGCCAAUUGCAGUAGAUGCAGGGGCACAAUUAUACACCAUCUUGGAACUUUGUCGUGCUUUUGACAAAAUCUUUAAGGAGCAUCUAGAUGGAGGGCGGCCUGGAGGUGACAGAAUUUACGGAGUGUUUGACAACCAGCUUCCUGCCGCUUUGAGGAAGCUUCCAUUUGAUAGACAUCUCUCUCUACAAAACGUUAAGAAAAUUGUUUCAGAGGCAGAUGGUUAUCAGCCUCACUUAAUCGCUCCUGAACAAGGUUAUCGCCGUCUUAUUGAGGGCUCAUUGAAUUAUUUCAGGGGACCCGCUGAAGCUUCGGUCGAUGCGGUCCAUUUUGUUCUAAAAGAACUCGUCAGGAAGUCGAUUGGAGAAACUGAGGAGUUGAGGCGGUUUCCAACGCUGCAAUCUGCUCUUGCUGCUGCAGCUGGUGAGGCAUUGGAAAAGUUCCGAGACGAAAGUAAGAAAACAGUUGUUCGAUUGGUGGAGAUGGAGUCUUCAUAUUUAACAGUAGAUUUCUUCCGGAAACUUCCACAAGAAGUUGAGAAUGUAGGGGGGCCUGCUCCCCCACCUGGAGAUCGCCGCACCUCAUCUGCAGAUCGCAAAAACCCACCACCUUCAGAUCGUGAUCGUGGAAAACCUGCUGCUGAGCGUGCAAGCCCAGUUGACCCGUUAGGAGACCGUUAUGCAGAUAAUCAUUUUAGGAGGAUAGGCUCAAAUGUAUCUUCUUAUAUUGGUAUGGUGUCGGAUACACUCAGGAGCACGAUUCCCAAGGCAGUUGUUUUUUGUCAAGUGAAAGAAGCCAAACAAAAUUUACUCAACUACUUCUAUACACAAAUAGGGAAAAAAGAGGGCAAACAGCUUGCAGAAUUGCUCGAUGAAGAUCCGACUUUAAUGUCAAAGAGACUGGAUAUCGCAAAAAGACUUGAUUUAUACAAGGUAUCAAGGGAUGAGAUCGAAGCGGUAUCAUGGGUGCGGUGAUCAUGGUUCAUGAUGUUUGAAAUUCCACUAGACCAGGUGUGUUUUGGGGUGGGGGUAAAUUCGUCUUUAAAUUUUGUUGGUCAUUGUUUCACACUUCAUUCUUGCGUUGGGUUUGGCCUAUGGGUAUGUGACAUUGAUUUUGUUUUUAGAUAAACAAGUAUGUGUACUACAUCUAAUAUAGAGAAUUAUUUCUUAAACCAUUUAUUAAAUAUGUCAUUGGAGUUAUGGAGUUU